AUGGGGUUACGUAGAAGCUCUGUUUUCCUCCUAGGCUUCCUUCUACUGCAGCAGUCACAUUCUUCCUUGAUUAAACUGAAUAACAAUGGCUACGAAGAUAUUGUCAUUGCUAUAGAUCCCAUUGUGCCAGAAGAUGAAGCAUUAAUUGAAAAAAUACAGGAUAUGGUGAUUGAAGCUUCUCGAUACCUGUUUGAAGCCACAAAACAAAGAUUUUUUUUCAAAAAUGUAUCUAUAUUAAUUCCUUGGACUUGGAAGGAAAAUCCACAAUACAAGGACCCAAAAUAUGAGAGCUUCACACGUGCUGAUGUUAAAGUAGCACCACCUGUUGCCCCAGGUGCAGAUGACCCAUACACCAGGCAGUUCAAAGAAUGUGGAGAGAAGGCGGACUACAUCCAUUUUACCCCGGACUUUGUGCUGGGAAACAAACAAGACGAGUAUGGACCAUCAGGUAGAGUGUUAGUCCAUGAGUGGGCCCAUCUUCGCUGGGGAGUGUUUGAUGAGUACAACAAUGAUGAGCCUUUCUAUAGGGACAGUUCAAACAAAAUUGAAGCAACAAGGUGUUCUUUAGCUAUCACUGGUACAAAUGCAGUUUAUGUCUGUUCAGGAGGCAGCUGCGUAAAUAGAAGAUGCAGAACCAAUUCUACAACAAAUCUGUAUGAAAAAGACUGUCAAUUCUUUCCUGAUAAAGAUCAGCUUCAAAAGGCAUCUAUAAUGUACAUGCAAAGUAUUGAAUCCAUUACUGAGUUCUGUAAUGAGAAAAACCACAACGAAGAAGCCCCAAGCUUACAAAAUAAAAAGUGCGAUUCCAGAAGUACAUGGGAGGUGAUCAGUGCUUCUGAGGAUUUUCGAAACACCACACCCAUGGUGGAACUACCCCCUCCCACAGCCUUCUCUCUGCUGAGGUCCAGUCAAAGAAUUCUGUGUCUAGUUCUCGACAAAUCUGGAAGCAUGGCUGGUUAUGACCGCCUGAAUCGAAUGAAUCAAGCAGCAACAUAUUUCCUGCUGCAGGUUAUUGAAUAUGCAUCCUUGGUAGGGAUGGUUCACUUUGAUAGUACUGCUACUGCUCAAAGUCAACUGAUCCUGAUAUCAGGCAGCAGUGAAAGAACCCAGCUCAAGAACACCUUACCCAAAGUGGCUGAGGGAGGGACUUGCAUCUGCUGUGGAAUUAGAAAAGCAUUUGAGGUGUUUAGAAGCCAUAAUCCCAAAAUAGAUGGAUGUGAAAUAGUGCUUCUGACCGAUGGGGAGGACUCAACUGCCGGCACUUGUAUUAACGAAGUAGCAGAGAGUGGAACCAUUGUUCAUCUUAUUGCUUUGGGACCAAAUGCUGAGUUAGCAGUGAAAAAUAUGCCCACAAUAACAGGAGGAACACAUUAUUAUGCUUCUGAUGAAGCCCAGAACAAUGGCCUCAUUGAUGCUUUCGGGUCCCUCGCAUCAGGAAACACUGACUUCUUCCAGAAGUCGAUCCAGCUUGAAAGUAAGGGAUUAAAAUUGAACAGCAAUACCUGGAUGAAUGACACUGUAAUUGUUGAUAGCACCGUGGGAAACGACACAUUCUUUCUCAUCACAUGGCAAAAACAACAGCCAGUAAUUUCUCUCUUGGACCCCAAUGGGACAUCAAUGAAGGAUUUCACAGUGGAUUCUGCCUCCAAAAUGGCCUAUCUUAGUGUACCAGGCACUGCAAAGGUAGGCAUUUGGACUUACAGUGUUCAGGCCAAAGCCGACUCAGAAAUAUUAACUAUUACCAUAACUUCUCGGGCAGCAAAUUCGACUGUGCCUCCAAUAACCGUGAAUGCUAAGAUGAGUAAAGACAGCAACAGCUUCCCCAACCCCAUGGUUGUUUAUGCAGAAGUUCUUCAAGGCUACACACCUGUUCUUGGAGCUAAUGUAACAGCUUACAUUGAAUCACAGACUGGAACAACACAAGUUUUGCAACUUUUGGAUAAUGGUGCAGGUGCUGAUGUUUUUAAGAACGAUGGGGUCUACUCCAGGUAUUUUACAAAUUAUACAGAAAAUGGAAGAUAUAGCUUAAAAGUACGGGCAUAUGGAGGAACAAACUCUGCAACCCGAAGUUUACAACGUCCACUGAACAGAGCCAUUUAUAUUCCAGGCUGGGUAGUAAAUGGAGUAAUUGAAGGGAAACCUCCCAGACCUGAAACUAAUGAAGAUACUGAGACAACCUUAGAAAAUUUCAGCAGAGCAGUGUCUGGGGGUGCAUUUGUGAUAUCAAAUGUUUCAAACAAUCCCUUUGAAGACCAUUACCCACCAAACCAAAUCACAGACCUUGAUGCCACAUUUGAUGGGGAUGAGAUCACUCUGUCAUGGACAGCACCUGGUGAAAAUUUUGAUUCUGGAACAGCCCAGCGGUAUAUCAUAAGAACAAGCAAAAAUAUCCUUCACCUACGGGACAAUUUUACCAAUGCUGUUCUGGUUAACACCACGGGCCUCUCACCAAAGCAAGCCAACUCUAAGGAAACCUUUAGGUUUAAACCAGAAAACACUGAGGAAGAAAAUGCAACGUUCAUAUUUGUUGCUAUUCAGAGUGUUGAUAAAAGCAACUUGCAUUCAAAAAUAUCCAAUAUUGCCCAGGUAGCUCUGUUUAUUCCUGCAGCAGAUUCUGGUCCUGAAGAAAACCCAGGUCCUGGUGGAAACCCUAGUACUGGAGUCCCUAGUGGAUCUGGAGUCAACAUUUCUGUUAUAGUGUUGUCAGUGGUUGGAUCUGUUGUAGUUGCUACUGUUAUUGUAAGUGCCACAAUUUGUAUCCUAAAUAAGAGAAGAGCAAGACUUCAAAGAGUUUUCUAA